AUGAAUAUUCCUAAUCCUCGUGUAUUUUUGGAUAUAGCGAUUGGUGGGAGGAAUGCCGGACGAAUGAUAUUUGAGCUUUUUAUGGAUAAACUUCCCAUAACGUGUGAAAAUUUUAGAUGUCUAUGUACUGGAGAAACAGGUUUAGGUUAUUAUUUAAAACCACGAUGGUAUAAGAAUUCUCCUAUCCAUAGAAUAGUGACCGAUUUUAUGUUUCAGGGGGGAGAUUUUAACUUUGGGAAUGGUUAUGGUGGGGAAUCAAUAUAUGGUCAAUAUUUUAGAAAUGAAAAAUUUAUUUAUAAACAUUCGAAAAGGGGUAUAUUAUCAAUGUGUCAAACAAGAAUAAAACACACAAAUAAUUCCCAAUUUUUUGUUACUUUUAAAAGUUGCCCUUGGUUAGAUAAAAGACAUGUUGUUUUGGGACAUUUGGAAUAUGGAUUUGAUACUUUAUCUUUUAUUGAAGAACAGGGAACUUUAAUUGGGAAGCCCAAAAAACAAGUAUUUAUAUAUAAUUGCGGUGUUAUUCCUUUGGAUAAAAUAAAAUAUAAAUCUGCGGACAAUUCAGAUGAUGACUAUAUUAUACCAGAUAUCGAAAAACCAUUAUUAGAAAAAGAUAUAAGUAUUAAUGAGAAUUCAGAUUUUAAUGAGUUGAGAAAUAUGUAUAAAUAUAAUAAACAUUUUUAG